CUCUUUUUCAACAUUGUGGCAAGCUCCCAUAGCUCCCCUCUUCAAAACAUCGCGACCUCCAUGGAAGCUGGACGAGAUUAUGGUGGGGCGGCGGGGAAGGCCAUAGGCGCCGCGGAUUGGCUACACACUAACAAAUUCGACCUCGUCAAAGUAGACAUCGUAAGCGCACCCCGCGACGUCGCGUUCCCGGAACGCGGCACGCGCCUUUUCCUUCAACCUCCCCAGGUGGAGCAACUCCACCUGGCACGUACAGACUUUCUGGGAACGCAGAAACCCUGGCCACGGGUCUCUGGAAGCCAUGUGCUCUGGCAGAACUGGCAUGUAGAAUCGGGUAAGGACUCCGUCUUUCUUUUCCUUCUCGUCGCGGGGUUCUAUCAACAUAUUCUCUCACCCCUCACAUAUCAAUUUCUCCAGACUCUCACCAUCAAGUCUUCUACAACCUUCACCCUUUGUACCUUACGCCACAUACACCCUCAUCCUCCCACCUUCCUCUCCCAAAAUGUCCCCCGGCGCCAUAAUCCCCGACCUCGCCCUCCCCUCCUCCAUCCCAGCACCGCCCCCGCCGCCAGCCCCUCGCCCUCCCUCUUCUCCCUCUCCCAAAAGACCACCGCCAUCAGCGGCGCCCGCCGCCGCCUGGGCAUCACGCUCGCCGCCGCGGUCCUCGAAGCCGGCGGCCACGUCGCCUGCAUCGACAUCCUGCCCACGCCCUCCGAGCUCGAACGGAGCGCCCUCCUCUCCCUCGCCAAAUCCGCUGCCCCCAAGCCGCUGACCUGCACGUACUAUAAAUGCGACAUCACCGACGAGCCUGCGCUGGCGGCUGUGAUAGCUAAGAUCGCCGCGGGGGCGGAGAGGGUGGACAGCGUGUUCUGGGGUGCGGUGGCGUGCGCGGGGAUCCAGCAGAAGAUUCCCGCGCUGGAGUACCCGGCGGCGGAUUUUGAGCGGAUUCUGAGGCUGAAUGUGGUGGGGACUUUCUUGACGGCGAAGAUAGGGGCGCAGAUAAUGAGGGAACGCCGCGUACGCGGCAGUAUUGUUAUGAUUGCGAGUAUGAGUGGGCAGGUUGCGAAUAGGAUGUGCCGCAGCGUCGCGCAGGAGUGGGGGCAGUAUGGGAUUCGUGUGAAUACGAUCUCCCCCGGGUACAUCCGCACCGCGAUGACGGAUGAGCUGCUCAAAGCAGAGCCGGAGGUCGAGAAAAUAUGGAUGGCGGGGGCGUUGCUUGGGAGGUUGGGCGCACCGGAGGAUUUCAAGGCGCCGGCGGUGUUUCUGUUGUCGGAGGGGAGUGCGUUUAUGACGGAGGCGGAUUUGAGGGUUGAUGGGGGCCAUUGUGCGAUCCAGCCGCUUUGGAUUGCGGGACAGGUCAUGAGCCAUCCGAGCGAACACAAGGCGAUUCUAGAAGUGUAUGAGAGAAUUGAACACGAGACGGGGUGGGGGACGAAGUGGCGGAUGGAUGAUUUGAAGGAGUAUUAA